AUGUUGCGCCUUACCCUUCUUCUCCGACUACGACCCCGGCACAUUAUGUUUACUCCCCCGCCUCUUGCAAAGCGCACAGGCAAGUUCAGGUGUAAAGUGUGCCAGCGCUGUUGGUUCUCCGAUGAGGUGUGGGUGACCAAAACGACCCAGCGGGUGUACCAGGGCGAGUCCUGCGAAGCGUGCGGGACAACGAAUAAGCCCUACUACGUCGGCAGACCAGAGGAAACCAUCUUUAACAGCUGUCACACUCCCCAUCCCGUAAAGCGCGGCGUCUCCUCCUCUCGCAGCGAGCGCAAGCUGCGACACUCACGGUUUGACUGGCGAGUCCAGAAAGGUCGGCACUGA